AUGAAAGAGAAGUCCAAAAAUGCUGCCCGGACUAGACGGGAGAAAGAAAACAGUGAAUUUUAUGAACUGGCUAAAUUACUACCCCUGCCCUCCGCUAUCACCUCGCAGCUGGACAAAGCAUCCAUAAUCAGGCUCACCACCAGCUAUUUAAAAAUGAGGGUGGUUUUUCCAGAAGGACUUGGAGAAGCCUGGGGCCACUCCAGCCGAACCAGCCCGCUGGAUAAUGUUGGACGGGAACUGGGAUCCCAUCUUUUGCAGACGUUGGACGGUUUCAUAUUUGUCGUGGCUCCUGAUGGCAAGAUCAUGUACAUCUCGGAGACUGCCUCGGUGCACCUGGGCUUGUCGCAGGUCAUUCACUGCAGCGGGUACCUGAAGAUCCGCCAGUACAGCCUGGACAUGUCCCCCUUCGGCGGCUGCUACCAGAACGUUGGCUUGGUGGCCGUGGGCCACUCGCUGCCGCCCAGCGCCGUGACGGAGAUCAAGCUCCACAGCAACAUGUUCAUGUUUCGGGCCAGCCUGGACAUGAAGCUCAUAUUCCUAGAUUCCAGGGUAGCUGAGCUAACAGGUUACGAGCCCCAGGACCUGAUAGAGAAGACCCUUUACCACCAUGUCCAUGGCUGUGACACCUUCCACCUGCGAUGCGCGCAUCACUUGUUGCUGGUGAAGGGGCAAGUGACCACCAAGUACUACCGCUUCCUGGCCAAGCACGGCGGCUGGAGCAGCCCCUCUCCGUGUUUCUCGCGCUUUAUGCCACGGCCCUUGCCGCAGGCGAACGGGGAAUUGCCCAGGCAGAGGUCAGGGUGUCCUAGGGCUACGGCACCGGGGACCCGCAGGCAGCUGGCGCGACAGAGCGGUGCUGCGCCAGGACCGCUGCGUGCUUCGGGGGCCAGACUGACACGUAGGAGGACUAUAGUUGUUCGGAGGACGAGGCUACACCACGGCGCGACGUCGUUACGCCUCGGUGUAAGGUUCCCCUUGAGCUCUUUGCUUCAUUGCCUCCAGCGCGGAGAACGGGGAGCGGGCAGGGAAGGAGCAGGGCUGGCUAAAACGCAGCUGCUGCUGCAGUCCCUUAAGGACGACAGUGGAUCACUCCAGCAAACCAAGAGCAGCCGAGAUGUGCGCGGCGAGUCCCUCCCGCGCUUCGCCCACCCUGCACCGUGUGCGUGGCAGAGCCGCUUGUGCAGAUGCGGAGGCGCAGGUUUGCAGCCUCGUCAAGUUAUAAACCCAGCUAGGAGAAACCUGCUUAUGGAUGAGAAAGACGAACCUUUGCAUAUCGGCUCUUGUGUGCGGAAGCCGAGGGGAAGGCAAAAGAGGUGCGAACCAGCGGUUUUGUGUUUUGAAGGGUCACGUUUGGGGCUGCAGGGUGGAGCUCGAAAGAGAAGUGCGGAUGGUGCAGCCAUCGAUCCUCGGUUUUUCAUGAUGCUAGCUCUAUUAGAUCAGGAUACUGAAUAUAAAGGACUACAGCUCUCCCUGGAUCAGGUCACUGCUACCAAGCCGGCAUUCUCAUACGCAAAUUCAACUCCGACCAUAACGGAUAAUAGAAAGGGAAGCAAAUCUCGCCUCUCGAGCACAAAGUCAAAAUCAAGGACAUCACCGUACCCACAGUAUUCUGGAUUUCACACCGAGAGAUCCGAGUCCGACCACGAGAGCCAGUGGGGCGGGAGCCCCCUGACCGAUACAGCUUCUCCCCAGCUGCUGGAGCCCACGGACAGACCGAACUCCCAGCACCAUGAUGUCUCCUGUGCCUACAGGCAGUACUCAGACCGCAGUGCCCUCUGCUAUGGUUUUACACUCGACCACUCCAGGCUGACUGAUGACCGACAUUUCCAUACUCAGGCCUGUGAAGGAGGCAGAUGUGAAGCUGGCCGGUAUUUCCUUGGCACACCGCAGCCAGGAAGGGAGAGCUGGUGGGGCUCCCGUUCAGCCUUGCCCCUGACUAAGUCAUCCCCUGAGAGCAGAGAAGCAUAUGAAAACAGUAUGCCCCACAUAACUUCAGUGCACAGGAUUCAUGGGAGAGGACACUGGGAUGAGGACAGUGUCGUUAGCUCACCUGAUCCUGGCUCUGCCAGUGAAUCAGGUGACCGUUAUCGUCCUGAGCAAUAUCAGAGCAGUCCACAUGAACCGAGCAAAAUUGAAACUCUAAUAAGAGCCACCCAGCAAAUGAUUAAAGAGGAAGAAAACAGACUACAGCUGCGGAAAACAACCCCUGAUCCACUGGUGUCCAUUAAUGGCACAGGGAAGAAGCACACUAUCUGUUUUGCAAACUACCCUCAGCAGCAGUUGGCAGGGGAUGUCUGUCGAGUCCCGACGAUUGCCAACACUCCUCCCUGUGAACACAUCCAGCAACGAGAUGGAAAGAUUAUGAGCCCACAUGAAAAUGACUAUGACAACAGCCCCACAACACUGUCUAGGAUAAGCAGCCCCAGUUCUGACCGAAUAUCAAAAUCCAGCUUGGUACUAGCUAAAGACUACCUGCAUUCAGACAUGUCUCCUCAUCAAACGCCAGGGGACCAUCCAGCAGCCUCUCCAAAUUAUUACAGCUCCCAUAGGCAGUACUUUGAUAAGCACGCUUACACAUUAACUGGAUAUGCCCUGGAGCAUCUAUAUGACACUGAAACCAUUAGAAACUAUUCACUAGGCUGUAAUGGCUCACACUUUGAUGUAACUUCUCACUUAAGGAUGCAGCAAGAUCCAGCACAAGGACACAAGGGGACAUCCGUUAUAAUAACCAAUGGAAGCUGA